AGGGUUCCUGCACCCGCAGGAGGCAGGCCGACGCCCGGGCUCCGGCUUCUUUUCCUUCAGUCCCGGGUGAAUGGGGAAGAUACAGUAGUCGCUUGGGUGUACACUGUCGUUUUUGGAUGACCCAGUGUCCCAAAUAUGUGACCCUGGUUGGCCCAAAAUAGGCGGUUGCAGGCACGUGGCCGGAUCUGAGGGAGAGCCCUGGGCAAGGCCCACAGCUGGCUUCCGGCCGCCGGGAAGAGAAGGAGACCCUGGGCUCACCCGAGCCCCAGCCCGCGGCCAAGCGCCGAUCUGGAGCCCUGCCUCCUCCCAGGUGGCUGCUGUGCCUUUGUAGCACCUUCGAAGAUCCAGAUUCUUAAAACGCAGAGCUUCGCGAGCAGCGUAGUUCAAUAGCUAGUGCAAGUCGCAAAGGCCCAAGAUGAUCUGGCAGUGGCCCUGGCCAGCUUUCAUGCGCAGCCUCUCGGUUUCCACUUUGGAAAAUGCCAAGUUUCUGCUCUGCCAGAUGCCUCCACAUUUUAAAGGCAGAAAACCAACAUAUCUUCACAGGACCUCUACAGCAGAGUGGAGAAAUGUUUCCACACCUUUGUCUGUGUCAGAGGAAAAGAACCUGUAAUUGAAGGAGGAAAAGUCAGCCAUCCAUCCUCUCCUGCCUCAUACGCUUCAGAAAUACACAUUUGCAACUUCUGUGAAGGCUCUACAGUGUGAAUCCCUUUGGUUCUUUGCAUAUGGAAAACCCAUCUCUUCAAUGCUUACCCCAUUUCUCUACUUGGAAAACUCCACAGCCUGUCGCAAUUCAGAUGGAGUUUGGAAGAAUCUGCGUGUGAGGAUGGACAGCCAAAGUGAGAAGUCAUGAGGGGUUUGAUGUGGAUCGAGACGCCAAAAAGCUGUACAAAGCCUGCAAAGGAAUGGGAACUGAUGAAACAGCCAUCAUUGAAAUCCUGUCAAGCAGGACAUCAGAUGAGAGGCAACAAAUAAAGCAGAAGUACAAGACAAAGUACGGCAAGGACCUGGAGGAGGUGCUCAAGAGUGAGCUGAGUGGAAACUUCGAGAAGACAGCCUUGGCCCUCCUGGACCGCCCCAGCGAGUACGCUGCUCGGCAGCUGCAGAAGGCCAUGAAGGGCAUGGGCACAGAUGAAGCCGUGCUUAUCGAGAUCUUAUGCUCAAGAACCAAUAAGGAAAUCAGCGCCAUCAAGGAGGCAUACCAGAGGUUAUUUAACAAGAGCCUUGAAUCAGAUGUCAAAGGUGACACAAGUGGGAACCUGAGAAAGAUUCUGGUGUCCCUGCUGCAGGCUGACCGUGAUGAAGGGGACGAGGUGGACAAGGAGCUGGCCGGCCAGGACGCCAAAGAUCUGUAUGAUGCAGGAGAAGGCCGCUGGGGCACUGAUGAGCUCGCCUUCAAUGAAGUCCUGGCCAAAAGGAGCUACAAGCAGUUGCGAGCCACCUUUCUGGCCUAUCAACUUCUCAUUGGGAAGGACAUGGAAGAAGCCAUUGAGGAAGAAACAUCAGGAGACUUGCAGAAGGCCUACUUAACUCUCGUGAGAUGCGCCCGAGACCUCGAGGGCUACUUUGCCGACCGUCUGUACAAGGCCAUGAAGGGCACGGGGACCGACGAGGACACCCUAAUCAGCAUCAUCAUCACCAGGGCGGAGGUGGACCUUCAGGGGAUCAAGGCCAAGUUCCAGGAGAAGUAUCAGAAGUCUCUCUCUGACAUGGUCAGCUCAGACACCUCUGGGGACUUCCGGAAACUACUAGUGGCCCUGUUACACUGAGCCCAGCCAGAGCAACAGGCACAUGGAAAAACCACCUUUAUGCAGAACACAUUCCAAAUCAAACUUGCAAAUGCGAAGCCAGCACAAGAAACCCUUGGACCUUGUUUAUUUUCUUGACAGCAUAAGCAGUAAAACAAGGCCAAACCAUUUAAAUUCAAGUUGCAUGGGCAGUUCAUCUUGAAUCCUGGCUUAGCAAGUAUGUGGGAUGACUCUUUUUUUUUUUUUUUUUUUUGUCCCAGG